CCCAGAACAGUUUUGCCUUUUACUUUCCUGACCUUGAGAAACUCAGGAACGUAUGGUGCAGGACAGGUGUAUAUAAAAAGUUACAGAGUGGGCUUUCUCUUACAUUCAGACACCAUGAAGGCCCUCAUAUUCCUGGCUUUGCUUGGAGCAGCAUUUGCUGCAGCUGAGGACGAUAGGGUUGUGGGAGGGUAUGAGUGUCCCAGACACUCUGUUCCCUACCAGGUGUCUCUGAACGCUGGAUACCACUUCUGCGGUGGAUCCCUCAUCUCCAGCCAGUGGGUGGUGUCUGCUGCUCACUGCUACAAGUCUCGUAUCCAGGUCCGCCUUGGUGAGCACAACAUCGCCGUGAACGAGGGCACCGAGCAGUGGAUUGAUGGCGCCAAGAUGAUCAAGCACCCACAGUACAACAGCUACAACCUGGACAACGACAUCAUGCUGAUUAAACUGAGCCGCCCCGCCACCCUCAACAGCUAUGUCCAGACCGUGUCCCUGCCCUCUCGCUGCCCCGUGGCCGACGAGAACUGCAUGGUGUCCGGGUGGGGCAACAUGUCUGCCAAUGGCAGCAACUUUCCCGACAGGCUGCAGUGCCUGAGGCAGCCCAUCAUCGAUGACAGGAUCUGCAGGAACGCCUACCCCCACCUCUUCACUGAGAACAUGCUUUGCUCCGGAUUCAUGCACGGAGGUGCCAGCAGCUGCCAAGGAGACUCUGGUGGUCCUCUGGUGUGUAAUGGUCAGCUGCAGGGAGUCGUGUCCUGGGGUUAUGACUGCGCCAUGAAGGGACACCCCAGUGUCUAUGCCCGUGUGUGCCGCUACAAUAGCUGGAUCAGCAGUGUUAUGCGCAGCAACUAAAUACGCACAGUCACUCAUACAUCCACACACAAACUGACAUUAUAUCACCAUACUCAGGACUCAUGCUCAGUUUAUUUAGAACAUCUUAGUCAUUCAUAUACUUCUCAUAAAUAACAUGUUUAGACAUAAUACUUUGUAACCAACAGUAAAGACAAAGAACUGGAUAAAUGAAUAAAAAUAUACAGCAGCA